CACGUCACAUUUUGACACUUCAAACUCCAAAAACUGAGUAUCAAUAACCGGAGAAGUCAGUCCCAAUUUUGACGCCGGAUUCGUCGAACGUAAAAUUAUCUUGUGCAGUGUUGGUGACUGAAUUAAACAGUAUUUUCGAAAUGUUUCCGGAUUAUAUUGCGAAUAUAGAAGAACUUCAAGCACCACAUGUAUACAUUAAAAAUACUGAUAGGCUUAACAAUAUUAUUCACCAACUUGUACAAGGAGGUAAUGAAGGAUUGCAAAUAGUAUCAGAUUUCGAUAAAACAAUUACGAAACAACACGAAAAUGGAAAAAAUCAUUUGAGCAGUUUUGGAAUGUUUAGUAAAUGCAAAUCAUUACCAAAAGAUUAUUUCGAAAACGAUAGGGCAUUAACAGCAAAAUAUCUGCCCAUUGAACACGAUCCAGUAAUGCCACUGGAAGAAAAAAGAAAGUAUAUGGUAGAAUGGUGGAGGCAAUCAGAAAACACGUUGAAAGGUCUCAAAAUAACUCCUGAAGAAAUAGAUAAUGUUGUUAAUGAAGUUGGCCCUUCAUUAAGGGAUGGAAGUAAAGAAAUGUUUGAUGAUUUAUACAAAUCUAAUGUACCUGUUUUAGUUUUUUCUGCUGGUUUAGGAGAUUGUGUAGUUUCAACAUUAAAACAUCACAAUGUCUUAUAUCCGAAUGUAAAGGUUGUGUCAAAUUUUUUAAAAAUAACCGACGGUGUAGUUCAGGGAUUUGAUGGACCAACUAUUCACAUUUUAAAUAAGAACGAAUUUGCUCUCAAAGGUACGAAAUAUUACGAUAUGGUUAAGGACAGGGGUAACGUUAUUCUUAUGGGGGAUCAUACUGGUGAUGCCAGAAUGGCAGAAGGUGUUCCUCAUCAAAAAGCUAUCCUUAAGAUAGGUUUUCUCUAUGAUUUGGCUGAAGAAAAUUUGGAAAACUAUAAGGAAACGUUCGAUAUAGUUUUACUAGACGAUCAAACAAUGAAUGUAGUAAGAGCAAUAUUAAAGCUAAUUUUGUGAAUAUUCGAGUUAAAGUUUGCUCUUGUACGUAUCCAUUAGUAAUAUGUAUUUCCUGUUGUUUUAAUCCUGUGAGUAUUAAAUAGUAACGUGUUUUUCACGAUCAAAUGUUGUGAACUAUAACUUAUUGACUCUAUGUUAUAUUGUACAGUUUAAUGAUGACAGUUAAGCUUUUAAUAAAUAAUUGAAAUUUUUUAUUUUGA